AUGAGAUUUGUAGAUGUAUAUUUGACAGUGAAUGGUGCACAAAUAUCCAACGACAUUUUACGGGCAUCAAUCACCCUCGAGCAGACAUGGCCGGAUACACGAUUAUUAUUCAAAGGCGUGUCAGAAGUACCGUUACCGUCCAAUGUUCACCUGUGGCUACCCGACACGGUGAUCAUCAAUGCCUUGAGCAGUGACACGAGGAUGACGUCAUCGUUUCUCAACUACGACGGAACGGUGCGCAGACGGCAGUUGCUUUCUAUCAAGGUUCCAUGUGAGGAAUCGCCCACACACGAUCGAGAGGUCAUGGAGUGUCCGAUAGAGCUGACCAGUUUCAGUAACCGUGGCGUUGACCGGAUCACCUAUAACCUCACGCAUACUGCCCUCGAUCGAGUAUCGCGGUUCAUGAAUAGCUCCGUCACUUCCGAAGCACUUCAAGAACAUCACAAUCGGACGUCACAUUUGGUGACAGUUUUGUUGUCUAUACAAAAACCUCAUCAUAUUCUUGGGGAUCUAAUUGAAAGUGUCCAAAGCUGCGACAUCACUUGA